GUUUAGGCACAGAGACUGAGGCUGCAAAUACUACUAAAAUAGUCAAUAGGAACCCUUUCAAAAAGAUCUUUUUCUGUGCUCAAAUCACAAUGCUGCAAUGCCCAAAUCUCUCGUCGCCUUAACUUAUAGGAACCCCAUUGUUUCUCCACCACCAGAAUUAUGCAGGGCAUAACAGCAUCCGCUGCGUCUCUUUCAAUAAACCCAUCGCUUAAACCACGAAAACUUCCAUACAGAAGCCUCUCCAACCAGAGAUUCACUUGCCUAAACCAAUCAAAACCCAUUUCUCCUCGGCCGUUUCCAUGCCGGAAAAGGCUGUUCCUCGCGCCAGUCUCUCUCCCUGGAAAUGGCAGAUUCCAGACGGUGGCGGCCAGAGCCGCCGGAGCCCUUUCGGAGAAUUCAGGGGAAGACGACAAUGACGGCGAGAAAUUGACUGGGCUAGCUCGCACGUUGAAGCUGGGAGCCAUGUUUGGCGUCUGGUACCUUCUCAAUAUCUACUUCAACAUUUUCAACAAGCAGGUUCUGAAGGUGUAUCCAUUUCCUGCAACGGUGACUGCCUUCGAGUUUGGGUGUGGGACUCUCAUGGUUCUCACAAUGUGGGGGUUGAAACUCUACCACGUCCCUAAACUCACCCGAUCUCAGCUUGCAGCAAUCAUCCCAUUGGCUCUGGCACACACAAUGGGGAACCUUCUGACCAAUGUUAGCCUUGGCAAAGUUGCUGUUUCAUUCACCCACACGAUCAAGGCCAUGGAACCAUUCUUCACUGUGCUAUUUGCUGCCAUUUUCCUUGGAGAGAAACCCACAAUUUGGGUAUUCUCUUCACUUCUGCCCAUAGUUGGAGGAGUGGCAUUGGCAUCACUGACAGAAGCUUCCUUCAAUUGGACAGGGUUCUGCAGUGCAAUGGCCUCCAAUGUGACAAACCAAUCAAGGAAUGUACUCAGCAAGAAGCUUAUGGUUCAGAAAGAGGAAACUCUGGACAAUGUCAACCUCUUCUCAGUAAUAACAAUCAUCUCGUUUCUCCUGUUGGUUCCCUCGGCGAUCUACAUCGAAGGGAUCAAGUUCACACCCUCAUAUCUCAAGUCUGCUGCGAAUCAAGGGUUGAAUGUGAAGCAGCUCUGCUUGAGAUCUCUACUUGCUGGCUUCUGCUUCCAUAGCUACCAACAAGUGUCUUACAUGAUACUGGGGAUGGUGAAUCCUGUGAGCCAUGCAGUAGGGAAUUGUUUGAAGAGGGUUGUGGUGAUUGUGUCUUCCAUCUUCUUCUUCCACACUCCAGUCACUCCAAUCAACUCUCUGGGAACUGCAAUGGCGCUUUUAGGAGUGGGUUUGUACUCUAGAGCUAAAAGGAUAACGCCUAAGCCCAAGGCUGACUGAGUUGUGUAAAUUUUUUCCUCAAUUUGUUGAUAUAUCAUGAAGUUAAUGAAUGAAAAGAAUGCAUGUGAAACUUCACAGGAAUAAAUUAUGCAAAUAGUAUAUGAUAUAAAAGAAUUACGAUAAAUAUAAAGAAUAAAAUAAUAAAUUAUAACAAAUAGAUAGUCAUUUAUCAAAUAUCUUGUGCCACUGGGUGUUCGUCUGGGAUUGUUAUCCGUGGGUCAGACGGACAUGUGGUGUUGGCGUUUGGGUUGCAGCUUCAAGGAAUAGUCAAUCCUUACCUGGCAGAGCUUCUAGCCUUUAGAGAUGCUAUCUCCAUCGUAGCCUCAAGAUCCUUGACCCACGUGAUAGUCGAAGGUGAUUCCGAAGUGGUCGUCAAACAAGUUCGUCAAGGCGUCAUAGAAGACUCGAUUGGUGGUCCGGCGUUACGAGAGUGUCAUCGGAUCCUUAGUUCUUUGUCUGUUUGUAUAGAGUUUAGGGCGGUACCUAGAUCCGCCAACAGUGUUGCCCAUAGAGUGGCGCGUAAAGCACUGCUUUUGUCUCGUUUAGAGGUAGAAUCUUUUGAUUUUUUUGGGGUGGCUUAUUUUGUGUCUUUUAGGGGUCCUGGAUAGAAUUGUAAGUUUAACUAUUUUUCUCCAUUGAUAUCACUCAGAAAUAAAAAAAAAAUAUUUUAGUUCC